AAUAUUUAUUCCUUUAAGUUGUCACUAACGCAUUAGAAUAUUUUUCUAAAUAUUUGAGUGGUAUUUGGUGAUUGAUUAAAACAAGUGAUAUCAUGGCGAAUGAAGCAGAGGAAACUGUUCGCAAACUGUCCCUGCAUAGAGGCGUAGUAGGAGUCAUUGUUGUUAACGGAGAAGGAAUACCAAUCAAAACAACGUUAGAUAAUCAUGUAUCCGUCCAAUAUGCGGGUUUAAUGAGUGCUCUAAUAGAUAAAGCGAAGGCUGUAGUACGAGAUCUAGAUCCUUCAAACGAUUUAACAUUUCUCCGUAUUAGAAGCAUGAAAAGCGAAGUUAUGGUGGCACCAGAUAAAGAUUUUAUUUUAAUAGUAGUUCAAAACCCAGCUGAUUGACGAAUAUUUCGUAUAUUCUAUUUGUAAAUGAAAAUGCUCAAUAGAAUAUGCGAUUUUUCAACUUAUUUAUUAUUCAUUGUCGUGUGUGUUAUUGUAUUGUUUCUUAAAUUGUUGUCAUAGGAGUGAAUAAAAUAAA